AUGAUUAUGAUCCAAGUCAUCGACCACCAUGUCCGAAGGCCAUCACCACCAGCACCACCGUGACCACCACCAUCACAAAGAAAAUCCGGCCAGCGAGAUUGACUACAAGAAGGAAGAGAAGCACCACAAGCAUAAGGAACAUCUCGGAAAAUUAGGAGCUGUUGCUGCUGGCGCCUUCGCAUUGCAUGAGAAGCACAAGGCGAAGAAAGAUCCAGAACAUGCACAGAGUCAUAAGAUAAAGGAGGAGAUUGCAGCCACUGUUGCAGUUGGAGCUGGUGGAUAUGCGUUUCAUGAGCAUCACAAGAAGAAAGAACCCAAGAAGAAAAGCCAAGAGGCUGAUGGAAAGAAGCAUCACCAUUUCUUUCACUGAUAUAUAUAUAUUAGCUUAUGAAGAAUACAUAUAUAUAUAUAUAUAUAUAUUGAUCUGGGGAGCUCAGCUUAUUGCUGGAUUUGUUCUGUUCUGUACU